AUGAAAGAAUUCAUUCGAACUUUAACUACUCCUAAAGAAAUGUGGGAUGUCAUUAUCAAGGCCCUAGGAGGCGACCCUGAAUGGGACAAAAAUAUGAAUACGAAUGUCACAAAAUAUGUCCCAGUCUGUAAAGAUUACCCAAACUGUGACCGCCGAUCCUGCGUUCAUGCUCUCCCAUGCCCUUUGUGUCCUCAAGGCGAAGCUUGUGUUAAAAGUCAUUGUCUCAAAUACCACCCAGUGCAAGCGCUUAACCAUUUCUUCCAAUUAAAUGGAGAUGAAUUUUAA